AUGGCGACGAAAUUUGUCACAUCUACGAAUAGCUUGGUGCUUCGGUAUUGGCCCAAAUGCAACACCCCUCCUGUUGCCGCACGCUACCUGAAUUCCCCUACCCAUCCGAUCCGGCCCAAAAUUGUUGAUCUCUGCGGGCAUCGUGAAAGAAACACAUUAUGGUGGCGGGUUUCGGUGUCACAACUCCAGCAAAGCAAGCGGGUGGUUCGCUCCUGGUGCGCGCGCAGAGUGCGAAUGGCUGUCGAGCAGGCUUUGAGGCAGCAAGGAUUGGAUAAGCUGGGGAAACCGCUCGUUUCCGAGUCUCCUUUGCGGAAGAAAAAAUUGUCAGGAACCAUGGACAUUUAUAUUAAGCCGACGUGUGUGGCACAGGACUUCGACGGGGUCCAGAAGGAUGCACAUCAUUUAAUAUCCUUGCUUCUGGAUCAUGAAUCACCACGGAAAUGA